GCAAAGCUUUCAAGCACCACAGAUAAUACGGUGUUUUAAAACCUAUAUUAUUUUUUGUCAGUACCUUAACAUUAGUAUCGUUCAGCCAACGUCGUUUAAUAAUUGAACUUAUUAAUUGAAGUCCUAGUUUAUCCGGUAUUACUGGUAGUUUAAAGAGCUAGCUAAGUUAGAAGUUUAACAUUAAGGUAUUCAUAAAAGUAGAAGCUAACGUUAGCUUAGCUUAGCUUAGCUAGUAGCUAAACCAACACAAUCUUUAUAAACGUUUAGUUGUGUAUACUAACGAUCACAUGAAAAUGAAAGCUGCAGAGGACCAGGUUGUUGAAGAUGAUACUGGUUUCCAGGAUGAUGAGGAGUCCUUCUUCCAGGACAUUGACCUCCUACAGAAACACGGGAUUAAUAUGGCAGACAUCAAAAAGAUGAAGUUGGUGGGUAUCUGCACUGUGAAGGGGAUCCAGAUGACGACUCGUAAGGCUUUGUGCAACAUCAAGGGUCUGUCGGAGGCAAAAGUGGAGAAGAUCAAGGAGGCUGCUGGGAAAAUGCUGACUGUUGGUUUCCAGACCGCCUUUGAGUACAGUUCCAAGAGGAAGCAGGUGUUCAACAUCACAACCGGGAGCCUGGAGUUUGAUAAACUCUUGGGAGGAGGCAUAGAGAGUAUGGCUAUAACGGAGGCUUUUGGAGAGUUCCGCACAGGGAAAACCCAGCUGUCUCACACUUUCUGUGUCACUGCUCAGCUGCCAGGAGAAAAUGGCUACUCAGGGGGGAAAGUGGUCUUCAUUGACACAGAGAACACCUUUCGCCCAGACAGACUGAAAGACAUCGCUGACAGGUUCAGUGUGGACCAUGCUGCUGUGCUGGACAACGUGCUCUACGCCCGGGCCUACACCAGUGAACACCAGAUGGAGCUGUUGGACUUUGUUGCAGCCAAAUUCCACGAGGAAGGAGGAGUGUUCAAACUAUUGAUCAUUGACUCCAUCAUGGCUCUGUUCAGAGUAGACUUCUCUGGAAGAGGAGAGCUGGCUGAGCGGCAGCAGAAACUGGCCCAGAUGCUCUCCAGGCUGCAGAAGAUCUCUGAAGAAUACAACGUAGCAGUGUUUGUCACCAACCAGAUGACAGCUGAUCCCGGUGCAGGAAUGAGCUUUCAAGCAGAUCCGAAGAAGCCCAUUGGUGGUCACAUCCUGGCACAUGCCUCCACCACACGGAUCAGCCUGAGGAAAGGGCGUGCUGAGAUGAGAAUUGCCAAAAUAUUUGACAGUCCAGAUAUGCCUGAGAACGAGGCCACGUUUGCCAUCUGUGCGGGAGGAGUGACUGAUGCGAAGGAGUGAACGAUAAUAAGAAGAAACACGUUUAUUAUCACAGUCCCUGAUUUAAGUUGUUUAUGGCAUUUUGUUGGAUUUAUUUAUUAUAUUUAAAGUAACUUAUUAAAGCACCGUGUUGUACCGUGUUACAUUGGAUGUAUGUAUUCUAUUUAUACACUUUGUAGUAUUUUUCCUGUGUUUCUUAGAUAUUAAAAUACACACACAAACUGUUUGUAACGUACUUCUUUUAAUAGUAUAAUUCCUUGGAUUGAAUGGUGGAUGUUGUACCGUAUAUUACAUGUGUCUCUUGUCUACUUUUGCACAUAUAAAUGAACAGAAAACAAUAAUACUCAGGUACC